AUGGGACCUAGCGCCAACUGGCCAGCGCCAGCACCCCCUCCCCAAGUGCCGCGAAGGUUGGCUGGCCGUUUCGAGCCCCCGUUCGGCCCCGCCGGCAAGCCACUGAGCGAACUGGCGAGUAUCCAAAGUCGCCAUAUUGGCUCCCCUGUCGAGGGGCUCUCUCUCCUGACUACCUGGGCGGAGGGGGCUCUGCCUGACGCGCCUCGCGCGCGCCUUCGGCUCGCCCUUCUCGGCUGCCUUCCGCCCGCCAGACCGGCCAUCUCCCCCGCCGCGCCAACUGGCGCCCCCCACCCCCUCGACCUACCCGGCGGCCUCGCCCGGCCCCUCUCCCAGGGCCGCGACGCGCCACCCGCGGCCCCCUCGCCCCGGGCCUGGAGGACUAAGGACCGCCUGUAG